CUCAUCUUCAGCAUCUUUUCCCGUCAGCAGGACGAGGCGCAUCUCCUCCUCCUCCAACCAACCCAAGAUGCCUAAGGGGCGUGAUGCCAAGGCAGACAAGGCGGGCAAAGAUGAGCCAUCACCCGGUGAUGCCGCCUCCUCUGCGGCUGCAUCCCCCUCCCCCAAGAAGCCAAGAGGUGUUGCAACCAAGCGGUGGUUCGUCUUAUCGACUGGCGCGGUCGGGGCCAUAGUGGCGGUGGUGGUAGCGGUGUGGGCCGUGAUGCCCAAGGAGCGGGUGGAGAUGGAGCUCAAGGCAGCCGAGAUGAAGAAGUGGCUGGACAGCACGCUGCAGCCCUGGUUCAACACUUCCUCGCCCCUGCCCCUGGAGCGGCGGCUCAAGGACAAGGGCAUCAAGGCCAAGCACCCGGUGCUGUUUGUGCCAGGCCUGGUGUCGAGCCAGCUGGAGGUGUGGAACGCCCUCGAGUGCUUCGGCGACGACCGGCGCUGGAAGAUCUGGGGCGGCGUGGACAUGUUCACGGCCGUCCUGCAGAACACCAGCUGCUGGCUCGAGCACCUCACGCUCGACGAGAAGACCGGACUCGACCCCUACGACGGAGCCAUCAAGAUGCGGGCGCAGGAGGGAUUCGCAUCCGUCGACUACUUCUUCCCGGGGUAGGUAUGUAUGUGUGCAGGCAGGCCAAUCUCACUCGCUCCGGCAGGCAGGCGGCACAUGCAGUCGUGUGGCUCUGUGUGGGUGAUGGAUUGGUAUUUAUGUGUGUAUGUGUGUGUGCUGUGCGUAUGCCCACCUAGGUUUUGGGUGUGGGGCAAGCUGACGGAGGUGUUGGGCUCGAUUGGCUACGACCCCAACUCCUUAAUGACCAUGAGUUGGGACUGGCGGCCCUCAUUUGACAACCUGGAAGUCCGAGACAGACUUCUGACCAAGAUGGUGCACACCACACCACACCGCACCAGACACAUGACCGUGACCAUCAGUGCCACGCAAUGGCCUGCUUGCCCUGCCCUGCCCUGCCCUCCCUGCCCUUGGUGUCUGUCGAUGCAUGUCCGUGUGUGUGCAGAAGCGUCGCAUCGAGGAUUUAUACGAGUUCAACGGCAAACAGAAGGUGGUGUUGGUGUCGCAUAGCCUCGGGUCGCUGCUGACGUUCUUCUUUUUCCAGUGGGUGACCUACCACCACGACCCCAAAUGGGUCGACAAACACAUUCACUCAUGGGUCAACAUCGCUGGGGCUCUCCUCGGUCGGUGGCGGUACACCACACGGAGGGAAGCCAGUGAACCAGGCUGGCUGGCUGGGGGGGUGCAUCAUCCGUCAGUGUGUGCGCGCGUGUGUGUGUGUGUGUGUGUGCAGGUGUGAACAAGUCCACUUCGUGUCUGUUCUCCGGCGAGAUGAAGGACCUGAAUAUAUUUGGGCCUGUCAUCAGGUGAGUCAGUCAGUGAGGCACCCAGACAGACAGACAGACAGGGAGACAGGCAGGCAAGCUUCACGUGCAUCCCCCGUUGUGAGAGACUGCGUGAGUGUGUCUGCUUCAGGUACAUAAUCGACAAGAUCCUGCCGCUCCCAGACCGAGUGCGGCUCUGGCGGUCCAUGGGCACCAUGAGGCACAUGGUACGCACACACGGACACUAUACCAUAGCACACACGCGAGAGGGGAACCACACGUGAAAAGAAUGAGCCACUCACUCUUCUGCGUGUGCGCCUCUGUCUGUCUAUCUGUCUGUCUGUCUGUCUGUCUUAUCCAUCAGAUUCCCAAGGGCGGCGCGCGUGUGUGGGGCCAUUUGGGCGAGCCGACCUUUAUGAAGUUCCCCGCCUCUCCCGAGCUCGAUUUGCCCUUUGACGACUUUGUCGGCUGGGCCAACAGUUACCUGGACAAGGCAGCCGACCUCAACACGUGGCUGGACAAGGACACCUAUGUCAGUAUGCCGCCUCCCGACCAGCCCUUGCCGACGUUCAGGGAUGCAUCCGACGCCAUCAAGUACUGGCUGAACCCCCUGGCCGCCCCCCUCCCGUACGCCCCCAACAUGAAGGUCUUCUGCACAUAUGGUGUCGGCAUCCCCACCGAGCGCAACUAUCUCUACCAGAAGAUGCCAGCCACACACAUCAGUAACCACAACCAGCAGCAGCCGACGGCCACUGACCAGGUGCUGACGUCGGAUCAGCGGCUGGUGGACCUGCCCGUGCAGAUGAUUCCGCCCCACCAGGUCAGCGGCCUCCUGGCCAACCUGUCUUCGGCAACGACGAGCGCCCGCGACGCGUGGGAGUGGCCCCCUCUGGCCAGUGACCCGCGCGGCAAGGUCGAGGUGCUCGACAGCGUGGUUGUGUCCGACGGGGAUGUGUCGGUGCCGCUCGAGAGCCUGGGCCUCAUGUGCCAGCUGUGGCGCAACACCAAGAGGUACAACCCCUCUGGGGCGGCUGUGCGGGUGCGCGAGGUCUACCACAACAUAUCCAUGACGCAGGAGCUCAUGCGCGACAGCAAGAGCGGCAACCACGUCGACAUACUCGGCAAUGAGGACAUACUCGAGCUCGUCGCCCGGGUCGCCAGUGGGGACGACCCGACUGACGAGCGCACCUUCUCUCUAAUUCAAGAAAUCGCACACAAAGUCGUCAACAACGAAUUCACAUGAGGGAGAGGGGAGGGAGUGGCGGACUGGCGGACACACACAGAGGGAGGGAGGGAGGGAGGGAGGAAGGGAGAGGGGGAGAGAGGAAGUCAUGAUGAAGGUGAUGUGACUGUGGACAUACGGGCUGUUGGUUUUGGUUUCGGUUUUCCCACGUCGGUCACUAACUGGGCUGAGCUAUGUGUGUGUGUCUGUGUGUCUCUGUGUGUGUGUGUGCGUUGGUCUUUCUGUCUGUGCGGCGCUGUGUGUCCCUCCCUCCCUGAUUUGCGUGUAGAGAGAGAUACAUGUAUGUAGCUGCGAGCAGCGGGUGGGUGGUGGCUGGCAGUGCAUUGAUUGAUUGCAUGUGUGUGGACGUGCCGAGGAAGGACCACAGACAGACAGAUCACAUUUCGGGUGAAGGUGAGAUUCGCAGACUUCAGUGCACGUGAUUUAUGUUAUGUAUGCCUGCCUGCCGUUUGGAUCGACACACACAUGGUGGAAGUUAUACGCCCAAGGCAGUAUGUGGGCGUCCCUCCGCAGAGCCUCUGAAACGAUAUAUAAAAUCAGAGGGGCGAUCCUGGCACGUUUACAACUCGGCGAAAAAGGCGAUCAAAGAUGGCAGGCGGGGAGGCCACACCUCUAUGUGGCCACAUCGACGGCGAAACGGCAUCAUGUAACUGGAAAACCUUCGCGGUCCUGGCAGCGUCAGCUCUCUUUCUGUCCGCAUCCCUCUCAGCCAACACAACAUGGCCAUUGCUGUCGCUGCCACGCCAUACCAUCAACCAGUCCAGCAACCACAGCAGCAGCACCACCACCACCACAGCGGGACUGCACCUCAACGGCGGCGGCCACCUGGAUGCCGCCAUUCCACCAGCAGCAACAUCAGCAGCGUCCAACGACUCGUCUGCUGCAGUAGAUCGGGAGCUUGAAGCCUAUGUGGUCACACUGGGCGGGCACAUGCAUUCCUACGAGCGGCGCCUGGUGCCCCUGGCCGCUUAGCUGCACGCCAGC